AUGAGCAAAAAGUUCAAAUCCCAGGCCUCCAGCAGUCGCGCUGCUGGUAGUGCCUUUGGCUCAUUUGGGGGUUUCUCCGGAAGCCUCUCUAGCCAAGGAAAAGAGCCCUCCGCGCUCACAUACAUCACAGCUCCACCAGAUCUGUCCCGUAUUGCCGACCAGCAACUUGUCAUUGCAUUCAAGAACCUGCUGAAGAAAGAUGACACCACACGGACAAAAGCUUUGGAGGAACUGAGAGACCAUAUCUCGAGGGUGGAAGGCAAUAAAGGGACUUUGGAUGACGGGUUCCUCGAUGCAUGGGUCGGAAUAUACCCUCGACUAUCAAUUGACCUAGCUCGCCGAGCACGCCAGCUUGCCCAUUCAAUUCAAGGCACUAUUGCAAGUCUCGUGGGAAAGCGAAUCGUCCCCAAACUACCAAAAGUAAUCGGUGCAUGGAUUGCAGGCAUCUACGACAAUGAUAAGAUCGUCCAUCGGUCUGCUCUCGAGUCAUUCACGAAGGUCUUCUCAACAGAUCAAAAAAGAAACAACGUGUGGAAGAUCUACCAGAGUUCGAUUUUGGACUUUGUAGAUGACGUCAUUCUUCACCAAUCACCCUUGACGCUGAGUGAUGAGAGGACAGUGAAACGAGAUGAUGCCGAGGGAAAGUACGCUCGCGUGGUUGGAGCUGCAAUCAUGCUUUUAAACCGCGUUCUAGGCAAUUCUGCUGACGAAGAGUUGGAGAAGGACUUCUCGCAAAUUGAAACAAUAGUGGGAAGCAAGUUCCUUUGGGCUCUUUGUCACCAUGAUGAUCCAUACGUCCGUCGCUCUAUUUAUGUUCUGCUUAAAACUGUGGUUUCCCGAGAACCUGGGUGGGUUGACUGGCCUACUCUCAGCUCGGCCGUGAUUGGGAAAUCCCUGUCUCUUCAACAGAUUGGAUCGGCAUCAGAACUGUCUGAAUCUCUUCUUGUAUUGUCUAUAUCGAGACCGCAAGUGUGGACGGACGACUACAGUGGCAAGUCUUCUGCUUCCAAGAGGUUGCGCCAGUAUAUCCAGAAAGGAUCUCAAGGCGGAGCUAGUAGUUUUUGGUCGAACUUGGAUCAACUACUUCGAACAGUGCCUCACGAAGUCCUAGCAGGCGCCGACAAAGCCACUGCUGAUCGAGGAAUUACUUCCACCAGCGCAGUCGCUUUGACUGAAGCUUUCCAAGAAGGACUGAACUCACGAGAAGAGCCGCGCCAGAACCUCACCGUCGGAUGGAAAUGUUAUAUUCAAAUCGCAACAUGGCUCGCGACCUUGAUUCCCCAGGAUCAAAAGGCCGAAUUUAUUGACCAAAGGAUCUCACCCUUGGUUGUAAAUCAUGUACGACUUGACCCAAAGUUGUCGCAAUGGCUGCUUCCAGCUCAGUCAGCCGAAGACAGCUGUGUACACUAUCUAUGUACCUUGGGAUCUACUGGACACGAGCAAGAAUUGCAGUCGUUGUGCACAAUUCUCUCCGAAGGUCUGCUAGAAGCCGUCAAGUUGUCCUCCCCCGAGCAGUCUAAAGAUUUCCACGAAUCCCAAGACUUGAUCUGUGCCCAAGCCAAACGUCUCAUGGCCCUGGAGUCGGCGGUCCUUUCACGCAUCGCGGAUUCCAAGGAGCCGCGAGUGACGGAAAUAAUCGAGACUUCGAUCUCAUACCUCCUUGAGAGCUGUCUCGAGGUCUUGCGUACCCGCAAUGGGAAGCCAUAUGGUGCUGCUGCUGUGGUAGACGAAUGCGCCAGCAGUAUGCCGACUGUCGCCAAGAAAUCCCAUAAUCUGCAGAAUUUCGUCCAAAAGGAUGCCCCAGAGCUCUUACUCUCCCCAUCUGCCGAUCGGCUGAUCUCAACCAUCAUGAAAUGUCGCGAAUGGGAUGGUUUCUCGUCAAGUUUCGAGAAUAUCGUUGAAAAAGCUCUUGAGCUCGAGACAGAACAGUCGAAUAUUCAUGUGCUGCAAAGCCUGCUCUCAUCUCUAGACUUUAAUGAGUUUGAGCACAAGGAGAAGCUCAACUCACUUGUUGUGCGAGCUCUAGACAAAGCUUGCCGUGGAAGCCAUUCUCAGUGGCCUAUCAUCACGGCUGUUCUACAGAACAAAACAUCACAUGGUGAAUUAAUGGAUCAGAUCUUCUUAUCUCUGAUUGAUGAAUUGUCCACCAAUGACAAGGUCCUCAAUGCACUUCAUGGGCUUUCACACAUUGGGAAAACUGCACCCUCUGCUGUUCGGGAGUUCCAAAGUGGACCGAACGGCUCAAAGCUCGCGGGUAAGCUAAUUUUCCUCACGGAGUCUCCCGAAGAGGAGGUAGCAAGCCUGGCGGAAGCACUCUUGAAAUCCUUGAAAGAAACUGUCGUUGGCGAGACUACUACAAAGUCGGGCAUCGAAAUCCUCCAGCAUGGGUUCAACCAUGUGGAUGAGGAAUCAUUGUCAGUUGAAUCACUUCUUGCUAUCGCGGCCGAGCUUCUUCCAAGCAUCACAUCCGACGGUGCUGUCAGUACUGCCAAGGAUGUUCUACCUUCUCAUCGCUCAUGGGAAGAAGCUUUGACACCUUUCCUCCAACUUCCACCUCGACCUUCCACUGCUAUCACAUCCCCCCUGGGAGGUGCUGUUCACUUGAUUCAACGUGAGCUAUCUGAAUCUUUCAAGGCCCUAUGGCCUACUAUUCCGCGCGACUCAGAUCAUCGAACGUCUGCUUUCCGUCUGGCAGCCUUUACGAUCAAUGUUCUAUCUACUUCUGAGAUUUUGAAACACCUGGACCAGGGAAGUCUCGAGACUGUGUUCCGCUUCUUACCCUUGGCAAUUCAAGUCAUCGAUGAUGAUCUCAGCAUCGAAAAUAGCAAUGGGGUCUCAGGUAUUGAAUUAGCCGAUCAACGCGAGGAGUAUACACAGAUUGUACUUGAUGGCCGAAAAUUGAUCAGCAAAUGGAUUCACGGUAGCGAGCCAGUUGAAUUUGCACCAGAGAAGACUAUUUCAUCUUUAUUCACUGCAUUCUGGGAAGACAGACUGGAAGAGGUGAAGAGUACUUCUCCCGCCGACUAUCGCACGGGUGAAGCCUUCGUCAAGAUCAUGCUCAACGCAGAUUCACCCCCACAGUCCAAAUCUUCAGAUGAUAUUGCGCAAAUCUGCCGAGAUGCACGCUCAGCUAAUACUUUCCGUUCAGCCUCUUGGUUCGCGGUCCUGCGAAGCGCGAUUCUAUCGAACCCAGUUGGAAACCGGAUUUGCAACGAGCUGGUUGCAGACUCUACAGGGCUGAAGCCCGAGACUGCCUCCGAAGGUGGGAUGCAAAAACUCACCUUGCUGAACAUCCUGCUGUCUGGGGAAGAAGACGUUGUAUCAACAAUUCCGACCCAGCGGUUGGUUUUCCUUACCAAAAACUUGAUUGAGUGUCUUCAUUCCACCAAAGCAUCUUUUGGUUUGAAAUCCGAGAUCUUCAAAACCCUCUCUCUCAUCCUCCCAGCUCUCAGUGAAAUUUAUGGAUCUCACUGGGAAGAAUGCAUGCAUAUCCUAAGCUGUGUGUUCCGCAAUACCACUGGCGGCGAAGACGCCCUACCACUACUGGUUUCUUCCUUCAAGCUCUUCUCGCAGUUGAAGUCUAUCUCAGGGAGUGAUGGCAAUGAAGACGCACAGGAUGCUUGGGCUUCUCAAAAGGGCGAACUUUUUACUGCAUUAGCGUCUACGAUUGAUACUUUUGAUUCGGAAACACCAUUCCACCAGCCUCGUGACAUAGCUGUAGAACACUUGCGACGCCUGAUUAACGCCAUUCCUGUUGAGCACCUUGAGGACGUCAGCGAAACUUUCCAUCUUCUUACUGCGCACAGCCGAGCAGUUCAACGCACUGCUUACUCAAUUCUUCAUCAUUACAUUCCCCAUGCUCAAGAGAAGAUCUCAUUUGAACUCGCUCUUUCAAAGACUGCUGCCACCCUGCCAGAUGAGCUGGUUUCCCUCCUACUUGAGUCACCUUCAAUGCAAAUGGUCAACGACGCAUUCGGAGAUGAAAAGAUGUGGACCAGCAUGCGCUCAUACCUGCUCAGCUGGAAGAUUGUGUAUGACCAUUUCACGAACGCGUCGCUCCCUGUCCAAGAAUAUUAUUCCGCUAGCAUCAAGGAGAAUAACAUCUUGAUUCCGCUUUUGGAGUUCACGUUUGACUUCCUGCAGAAGUCGCAUGGAAAGCUGAUUGACGCCUCCAAAUUCGAUAUUCGAUCAUUUGAACCGGAUCAGUCUGAGAGUCCCGAGAAGGAAACUCAAUGGCUUUUAAUUCAUUUGUAUUACCUGUGCCUGAGAUACUCGGCCAACAUGACCAAAAACUGGUGGAUCGAUACCAAGAAACGCGUCAAGGGCCCCGUCGAGACUUGGUCGGAGAAAUACAUUUCUCCAGUUGUCGCGCAAGAUGCCCUACAGGGGGUGAUCGAUUGGGCUUCUACGCUAGAUCCGAAUGAGGAGCGAGGACUGCAGGUAAAGAUCUCUCAAAAGACAGGGGAAAUCAUCGCCAGCAUUACCGUGGACGAAGAGUCUCCCCCAGUUUCCAUCUCCAUCACACUGCCACCAGCAUACCCACUUUCACCUGCGUUGGUUGUCGGCCGCAGCCGUGUCCUCGUGGAUGAAAAGAAAUGGAAGAGUUGGCUGUUGACCAUCCAGGGAGUGAUCAUGUUUGCCAAUGGCAAUCUGGUUGAUGGUUUGUUGGCCUUCCGACGGAACGUCCAAGGUGCUCUCAAGGGCCACAGCGAGUGUGCUAUCUGUUACUCUGUGAUCUCAACGGACAUGCAGACCCCGAACAAGCGUUGCGCCACCUGCAAGAACACCUUCCACUCAGUUUGUCUGUUCCGCUGGUUCAAGAGCAGCAACCAGAGCACUUGUCCGCUUUGCCGAAACAACUUUGUGUAUGUUUAA